AUGACGUCUGGACAGCCUGAGUCAACCUCUGUCAACUCUAUCGUAUCGGACUCACAGGCAACCCACCCCGCCAAGAUGCCGGUCCAAGCGGAGUCCGCUGACCCCGACGCUAAGGGAAGAUCUCAACCGGCUCAGGUUCGCUUCUCAUCUGUAACUCAGGAAAUCGAGCCAUCUGAAUCAAUUCACUCAGAACUGGAGCAAUCUAUGCACGAAGUUCCUAAGCAAAUCUCAGAUGAGGAGAAUUUGCGGUCGCUGGCUAUGAGCUUGCAGAGUACCAAACUACAAGAGUCUCGUUUGCGCAAUUUCUCUUUCGACCCAAUGUCUCUGCCAACAUCCAGAGUUGGCUCUCGUGAUUCCAGUGAAAGGAGCGCCCGCGACGGCUCUGGCCCUUUUGUGGCUUCUCCUCAUGCUUCUCCACCCAUCUCCGCCAUUCACUCGCCUCUCCUGACCCCCGCUGGCACCCGCUCCCGCGAAAACAGACCCGGUGAGAGUGCCGCCGUAACCAACGCAGCCGGCCGAACAGACCCUCAUACAUCCGCUAUCACUCCCGAAGCCUCUCCUCCGGUCACGUCCGGGGAUGGUGCUCGUCAAAGUUCCUCGUCCUCCCGGCCGUCAUCCACCGGUGUCCUGUCCAAAGACCCAAGUGCCACUUCUGAACCCGCGCAGUUUGCGCACCCGAAACAUCGUGCACAAUUCUUCAUUGAGACCGACAGAAGCUCCAUAGACGAAAGCCCUCCGCCAACUCCGAGAGACUCUCACACCCCACCCGGAGCUAUUACCCCAGUAGGUGAACCAAACGACCCAUAUGCCCGCAGCAAACGGCCCCCGCAGACAAGGAACUUGGCUCAGUUAGAUGCACGAUUUAUCUUUGGCAGUCGAGAUUCAAAACGUCAUUUCCGCCAAACUCCAUCUCGGUCGGCCAGUACCAGCGACGUGACUAAGACCAAUAGCAAACACAGCGUGUUUAGUAGCAGCAAAAAGGACUCGUCCUCAAAGACGGCCCAAAACGGCCAUGGUCACAUUCACCAUGGCUCCAUGUCAGAGUUAAAGCGAUUUUUCAAGAUGGGCCACCGUCACAAACGGCCCGACUCUCCCACUUCCGCAAAGCGGAGCAGUAACUUCUCUUCAAAGAGCAAUGCUAGUGAUAGUGUGCCAUUUGGAGACGAUCAUGGGUUGAACUCUAAAUACGGCAAGCUUGGGCGCGUUCUAGGUUCGGGAGCUGGUGGCUCCGUUCGUUUGCUCAAGCGGAAUAGCGAUGGUGUCACUUUCGCUGUCAAGCAGUUCCGAGAUCGUCACAAUUGGGAAAGUGCAAAAGAGUACUCAAAGAAAGUCACAGCAGAAUUCUGUAUCGGUUCCACCUUGCAUCACGGCAACAUUAUCGAAACUCUCGAUAUAAUUCAAGAAGGAAGCCAUUGGUACGAGGUGAUGGAGUAUGCGCCGUUUGAUCUCUUCGCCAUUGUCAUGACAGGCAAGAUGGGCAAAGAGGAAAUAGCAUGCUCAUUUAAGCAGAUCCUCAGUGGCGUGGCAUAUCUUCAUGGAAUGGGUCUUGCCCACCGAGACUUGAAAUUGGACAAUGUGGUGGUCAAUAAGAAGGGAAUCAUGAAACUAAUCGACUUUGGAAGCGCAGUUGUGUUCCGAUACCCCUUUGAGAACGAUAUUGUCUUUGCAUCAGGCAUCGUUGGCUCUGAUCCAUACCUGGCUCCAGAGGUAUACGAUGAAAAGAAGUACGACCCUCGGCCUACGGAUGUUUGGUCGCUGGCGAUCAUCUUCUGCUGCAUGACUCUACGUCGAUUCCCGUGGAAGCAACCUCGCAGCACAGACAAUUCCUACCGCCUAUUUGUGUCCUCUCCCACCCCUGGUACACCAGUUCCAGAUGUUGACCCUCGCCGCCAGCAUGCCAAGUCAUCCCCCGAUCUCCCUUUUAUCGCCCGGGAGAAGGAUGAUCAGAAACAACUCCCUUCAUCGUCUGAAACUCCGAAGGCUGAGAAGCCAGCUAAGCCUGAACAACCGGCCAAGUUGACAGUGCCACCUACUCCGCAAACAAACGGCAACCAGGCAAACGCAAAGUGUGACGAUACUACUCAUAACGCUGCUGUUUCCCCGACUGCCGAAAAGACCACCCGCACGACCAGCAAGGAGGCACCGCCGCUUCCAGGACAAACUCAAUCGUCUAGUCAACGCCAGGAAGUGAUCAAGGGUCCUUGGCGACUUCUCCGCAUUUUGCCACGGGAAAGUCGGUACAUCAUCGGACGCAUGUUGAAGGUCGACCCCAAGGAACGAGCGACUCUUGAUGAAGUUCUGGCAGAUGACUGGGUGCGAAGCAUCGAGUCAUGUGAACAGCUCGACUCAGGCGAUAUCAUUAAUGCCCCCGGCCACACCCACGUCCUCGAACCGCCCUCACAAAGUCCUGCUGUAGCUAGCAAGGCAGCUACCAAGAGCAAGGCCAAAUAA